UCACAGAGCCCCCAACCCUGUCACAGGAGUGGAAGUGUCAUGAGGCUGUGGCAGUGGGCGUGGGCAUGGGUGUGGCUGGUUGGGCUGGGGGCCAUAGAAACAGCACCCAGCCAGGAGAGCACCAACACCUUGGCUCGGGGAGCAGAGUCUCUGUACUUCAUAGACAGACCCGACUUCUUUGAUUACCCAGACUCAGACCAAGCCAGGCUCCUGGCUGUGGCCCAGUUUAUUGGAGAGAAACCGGUCAUCUUUGUUAACUCAGAAUCCAACUCCGAGUUCUUCCAUCACAUCUUGGUGGGCGCUCUGGUAGUGGCCUUCUUCUUCCUGCUUUACCAGUUCUGCACACACAUGAGCUGUGAGAGAGGGGCCUGA